AUGAUUAAAGAUAACAACGAAACUGUUCCACUAAUGGGCAAGAAAACAAAUCCAUCUGGUAAUCCCCCUUCCAGCCAGCAAGAGAAAAAGCCGACGGAAAGCACUCCCACAAAGAAAAGCUCACACUUUUUUCUGGAGAUUGAAGGUUUUGAGAGCAAUGCAACUCCAAAUAACACAUCUCCCCCUGUGUUUUCAAAACCCAUGGAUUCAAACAUUCGCCCAUGUGCAUCUGGAAAUGGGGAAGAUAUGGAUUCCCCACAGUCUCUUCAGGAUGAUGCAACUGAGUAUAGCCCUAAUGUGGACAGCUGUGGUGCUAACACAUCCCAAGGACCUGAGCAGACUAGGGCCAGGAAGAAGCUGAAGAGAGAUCUGUUUCGAGCGGUGUCUGAGGGGAACCCGGAGGAGCUACAGCGUCUGCUGGCGGAGCUGAAGGAGCGCUCCUCCGCCUGCACCAGCGCCACGGUGCCAGAUUAUCUGAUGAAAAAAUUCACUGCUGCAGACACUGGCAAAACUUGUCUGAUGAAAGCUCUGCUGAACAUCAACCAGAACACCAAUCAGAUAGUGAAUAUGCUCCUGUGCUUUGCAGAAGAAAAUGGCAUUUUGGAGAGAUUUAUCAAUGCAGCAUACACAGAAGAGGCAUAUAAAGGCCAAACAGCUCUGAAUAUUGCCAUUGAGAGAAGACAGUACGAAAUCACUCAGAGCCUGAUAGAAAAAGGAGCUGAUGUCAAUGCUCACGCCCAGGGGGUUUUCUUUAAUCCCAAACAUAAGCAUGAAGGCUUUUAUUUUGGUGAAACAGCACUGGCCUUAGCUGCGUGUACCAACCAACCAGACAUACUGCAACUGCUAAUGGACAAUAUCAGAACUAAUAUUACUUCUCAGGAUUCCAGGGGAAACAAUAUCCUCCAUGCAUUAGUUACUGUGGCAGAGGACUUUAAAACCCAGAAUGACUUUGUAAUCAGAAUGUAUGAUAUGAUUUUGUUGAGAAGCAAAGACAGGAAUUUGGAAACAAUGAAGAACAAGGCAGGUUUGACACCACUGCAACUAGCUGCAAAAACUGGGAAAUUAGAGAUUCUUAAAUACAUCCUGAGCAGAGAGAUAAGAGAUAAGGCAAACAGGAGCCUGUCAAGAAAAUUCACAGACUGGGCUUAUGGUCCUGUUCAGUCUUCUCUUUAUGAUCUGACAGAUCUAGACACGACUGCAGACAAUUCAGUACUGGAAAUUAUUGUCUACAACACAAAUAUUGGUAAUCGUCAUGAAAUGCUGACUUUGGAGCCCCUGAAUUCACUCCUGAGAAUGAAAUGGAAGAAGUUUGCACGCCACAUGUUUUUUAUCUCAUGCUGUUUUUAUUUCCUAUACAAUGUGACAUUAACAUUAGUUUCCUACCACAGGCCUAAUGAAAAUGAAGCUCCACCUUAUCCACUGGCUCUAACUCGUGGUGUGGGAUGGCUGCAGUUAUCUGGACAGGUGAUGGUUAUGUUAGGAGCAAUAUUUUUAGCCAUAAAAGAGAGUGUGGCCAUCUUUCUGCUUAGGCCCUCAGACUUGCAGUCAAUUCUCUCUGAUGCAUGGUUCCACUUUGCAUUUUUUAUACAAGCUAUGCUUGUGAUCUUCUCUGUCUUUUUGUACUUGUUUUCCUACAAAGAACACCUCGUGUGUCUUGUUCUGGCAAUGGCCCUAGGAUGGGCUAAUAUGCUCUAUUUCACCAGAGGUUUCCAGUCCAUGGGCAUUUACAGUGUUAUGAUUCAAAAGGUCAUCCUGCAAGAUGUGAUAAAAUUUUUAGUUGUCUAUAUCGUGUUUUUGCUGGGAUUUGGCGUAGCACUUGCUGCACUGAUUGACACUUGCCAGGAUGGCAGCGAGUGCCAUUCCAACAGCAGCCUGGGACCUGUUCUGAUGGAUCUUUUUAAGCUCACCCUAGGACUGGGUGAUCUGGAGAUCCAGCAAAAUUCCAAGUAUCCUGUCCUGUUUCUUCUGCUGCUCAUAACUUAUGUUGUGUUGACUUUUGUUCUUCUCUUGAACAUGCUGAUUGCAUUAAUGGGAGAAACAGUGGAAGACAUUUCUAAAGAGAGUGAGCACAUCUGGAAACUCCAGAGAGCUAGGACUAUUUUGGAGUUUGAAAAAUUCCUACCCAAGUGUUUGAGGAAAAAAUUCCGACUGGGAGAGCGAUGUAAAGUGGCUGAAAAUGACACCAGGGUCUGCUUGAGGAUUAAUGAAGUGAAGUGGACCGAGUGGAAAACACAUGUUUCAUUUAUUAAUGAAGAUCCAGGGCCAACAGAUCCAAGCAAAGUUCAAGACAAUUCAAGGACUAAUAGCAAAAACACCCUGAAUACGUUUGAGGAGAUGGACGAUUUGCCUGAAACUUCUGUGUAGUUGUGCUGUGUAUGAUGUGUGGUCCCCUUCUGAAGGUUAAAAGCGUUAGCAGUGGAUGCUGAGAGCUCUGCUGAUGUUUUGAACAGCUGUGAGCAGCUGGAACACAAACUUUCAGUGACAUGGUCUGACGACUUUGACCCAUUUAAUCAGGGCAGCUAAGCUGGAAAACAAACACUGGUUCAGUUUUGAUCCUUACGAAAACUGUUGCUGUCCAAGUUUGUGCAACGCUCCUCAAACUUGGCUCAGCUUUAUAUUGCAUAUACAAGGUCAAGUGUGAGAUAUUUCUUCCUUUUAUGGAAAAUUAAGAUCAUCAUGAUCCCAAUCUGCUGUCUUUUGGAAUCUUAACUUGUGAGAAAAAAAUAGUUUGUACGCUGGAAAAAGUUCUUCUGGUGGAGAAAUGACAGACAUUUCAAUUCUGGAGACUGCUAAAUGAAGUAAUUCUGAAGUAACCAUGUCCUGGAUACAUUUGGAGCUCUUGUGCUGACCGUCAGUGUUACUGGAGGCUUGGUCCUGCAAGUUGGAGGAAGCCUCUCCAGAUCUCACUAGCUUUGCCCAAGCUGUGCUCCUGUGUGUAAUCCCCAUUUACUGCUUUUUAUUUGUGACUCUGUGUGUGUGCCUUCCCACAAAACACGGGGGCAGGAACGUGAUUCAUGAUAGAGAAUAUUUCACAGUCUGUUCAGUCGCAAUGUCUUUACUUUUCCCACUCAGGUUUCCUUGCUGUUGCAUCUUGCUGCAUAAACUAAGUUAUCAUAUUAGAGGUUGUUCUGCUUUAGAAGUAAAUUAGUGCUGUAUCCAACCACUUCAGGAAAAUAAGAAGUCAGUAUUUCUUCCCCAGAUGAACAAAACCAGUUCAGUGCAAAGCAAUUGCAGACUUUGGAAAGCUUUUAUUUGUGUCCAGAGGACUAUGUAAAACAUUUCUGUAGCAUUUUGUAUUUCACUACCUGUGAUGACCUAGUACAAUGAAUUCCAUUUUUAGUUUUCUAUUUUAUGUGGCUGGAUAAAAAGAGAUAUGUCCUCUGUGUACGUUUAAAUUUCAGUUCAUACGCGUCUUUAGUGUCAUGGGUUUUCAUCCUAUGCAUUCAUUUGGCACCUGUUUUAAAGGUGACACUUAGGAAAGACUCAGGUGAAUUUUGUGUUUAGAUGAUAACAUGAAUUGCAUUGGACUCUUACAGCUAAACCUGCUGGGGGCAAAAUGCUCCAAAAGACUUUCUUGUCACAGAAGAGAGCAUGAGAGAACUCUCCAGUGGAAAGGACAGCACAAAGCUGUUUGCAGGGAUAAAGAAGACAGUUUUCACUACCCAGCUGGUCUUCUAGAGAUGCUGUGUCCUGUGUUUCCUACUGUGUAUGGCCUGGAUGGAUGGAACCAAACUGAAAUCUUCAACUCACUAACUUUUGUACAGGGAGUAGGAAUUUUAGGGGAAGGACAUUUGUGUGUAUGAGUAGAGCAAUGUAGUAUCUGAGUACUCUUUGGCCUUGGUAGGAUAUGUGAGUACGAGGAGAAAAAUUCCUGUGGUCUUGGAAUCCUUCAUCUUUAGUUAACUUUGCAUUGAAGCUGCCAACAAAGAAUAUUGCCUUAGGACUACACAGUUCCAUUUGGAUUCUCUUCAGUGCCAGUUUCUGUACAAAAUAAAAAUACCUCUUCACAUCUGCUCAGGAAGCAGAAUAAAGGAGCCCACACUGCACUCCGUGUUGCUGUGGGUAGGCGUGUCACUGAAAACAAUCUCAGGUAUCUCUGCACUGUGUUGAGGCAUGCUGUGGGUGUUGCCAUAAACCAGGAAGGCACAAAAAAACCAAAAAACCAUGAGGAGUUGUGUUGUGCCAGUGUCCAGGUAUGAAACUAUCUGAGGGAGCAGCUGGGGGUUGUUUCUAAAGGCUCUUUGCUGUGAAAAUGCCCUCCUCUGUGGCAUUGCACCUGCUGCCUCCUAGCUCAAGGCUGUUACAAAGAACAUCAUGAAAAAUGACUCAGGUGGGCAAUUUGGUACUUUUUAUACAAUGUUUAUUUAAAU